CUCAAAUUCUUUUUUACCUUUUCUCUUCCAUUCCAUAUAACCACUUUAGCUUUCCUAGUGGCAAUGGAAAACAGUCCCCAAUGCUCAGGUUUAUUCAGGUAGCUUACUACGAUCACGCCCUGCCCGGCGGCCCCUACGGCCUUAAAAUUUAAACCAAUCCACACACCGCCACCACACCUCCGCGGCUCCUCCGCAUCUCUGUCUCCGAGAUCUGCUUGCUUUUGCUCUACAAAAUGAGCGAGGUUUCCAAGAGUAAAGAUGGCGGAGCUCUUGUGGCGAGGCCGCCCGCCGCCGACCGCGAAUCUGUUUCACCUCCUGCAGCCCCCCUUUCCAAGGGUAAGAAGCUCAUAAUCAAAAGUGCUGAUAUGAAGGAAGAUAUGCAGAAAGAGGCCGUCAAUAUCGCUAUUGCAGCGUUCGAACUGCACACCGUGGAGAAAGAUGUAGCUGAGCAUAUUAAAAAGGAGUUCGACAAAAACCAUGGCCCGACCUGGCAUUGCAUUGUUGGCAAAAAUUUUGGGUCUUAUGUAACACAUGAAACAAACCACUUUGUCUACUUCUACUUGGAUACAAAAGCUGUACUUCUAUUCAAGUCUGGUUGAGCUUGGUUAUGAUAUUGACUGGGAAGAUGACUGCAACGAAGAUAACAACAUUGGUGCAACAGCUUGCCCGUCGAAUGUAUUUAUUGCUCAACUAAAGUGCAAAGCAUUUAUCUGGAAGUUAAUGUAUAAAUAAUUUGAUUUGUGAUUUCAGUAAUGGAACUUCAUUGGAUGGUUUCCAUCCUAGUUUCUGCGUCUUUAUAAAUGUAAAAAGAACUUGUGCAGUGGUGGCUAUUGUUGCCGCUUAGCUUGAUCACAUGUCAAUUUUCUAUCAUAUUUGCUUGCUUUAGUACAUCCAUCAUUUGCAAUGGAGUCAACAAUUCACUAUUUUUGGCUUGGAAAUAUAAUGGAAUAAAUCAAAAUGACUCAAUAAAUUG